AUGGCUCAGUCUACGGCGAGGACCGGUCGGGUGGUUGGCGACUACUUGGUGGGUCGACAAAUCGGUUCCGGUUCGUUCUCGGUGGUUUGGGAGGCGAGGCACCGCGUUCAAGGCACCGUGGUCGCUAUCAAGGAGAUCGCUAUGGGGCGGCUUAAUCAGAAGUUGCAGGAUAGUCUCAUGUCUGAGAUUUUCAUCCUUAGGAGGAUCAAUCAUCCCAACAUCAUCCGUUUGCUCGACAUGAUCGAGUCUCCAGGGAAGAUAGAUUUGGUGUUGGAGUAUUGCAAAGGAGGUGAUCUCUCUGUGUAUAUUCAGAGUCAUGGAAGUGUCCCUGAAGCUACUGCUAAGCAUUUCAUGCUGCAGUUAGCGGCCGGUUUACAAGUUCUUCGUGACAACAAUAUUAUUCACCGCGAUUUAAAGCCUCAGAAUCUUCUUCUAUCCACAGAUGACAAUGAUGCAGAUCUGAAGAUUGCUGAUUUUGGAUUUGCAAGAUCGUUGCAACCUAGGGGACUUGCAGAAACAUUAUGCGGUUCACCAUUGUAUAUGGCCCCAGAGAUUAUGCAGCUUCAGAAGUAUGAUGCAAAGGCAGAUCUCUGGAGUGUUGGUGCUAUCUUAUUUCAACUUGUUACAGGCAGAACCCCUUUCACAGGAAACAGCCAAAUUCAGUUGCUCCAAAACAUUUUAAGAUCAACUGGAUUAAAUUUUCCAGCGGGCUGUAGAGAUUUAAGUUUGGACUGUAUAGAUCUGUGUCAGAAGCUACUGCGCCGUAAUCCAGUGGAACGUUUGACAUUUGAAGAGUUCUUUAAUCACCCUUUUCUUUCGGACAAGCAGUCAUAUGAUUUCUCAAGGAGUAGAUUAGAUUCGGGAACAAUGGAUGGUAUUUUUUCUUCUGGAAGCAGUCCGUCGAGAAACAUGGAAGAAAGUUCUCAAGAAGACUGUUUGCCGUUCCUCUUAGACGAUGAUUCCAGUGGACCUGAGGGUAACCUUUCGAUGAAGUCGUCCUCUGGAUUUAACAUUGAUGCCAGAGUUGAGAGAAGAGAGACGGAAUCUAGUCCUUUGCAAUGUACAGAACUUACUUCCAGAUAUAGUAGAAUCAACCAGGGAGCGGAAACCAAUAGAUUUAGCUAUGAAACUCAGAUGAAUUCUGAUAGGAGAAACCAUGGCGAACCUACAAGACUGACUGAUUCCAGAUCUAUCCCUAAGGGAAGAGUAGAUGAUUCUCAAGACUCAAUGGAUCAAGACUUUGUUCUUGUAUCUGGACCACCAGUGGAUAUGCCAUCAUCUUCAUCGAGUUCUUCGAAGGCUUAUAAUUUCCCAUUCAAGUCUCAGUCUCCUCCUGUAAAGUUGUACAAUAGAAGCAUAAGUUCAACAGCUCCCAUGCCAAUAAUUGGUGCUACUGGCAACAACAUUGGCCGCUUUGGAAGUUUGGACAGUCAGAAUUCUGCUCCGAGCACUUCUCAUGGGUCUCUGGAUCUUGUGGAUGCUUUUGAACAGCCAUCGAAUCACAGCCUGGCAAGAAUCAGGUCUCUGAAGAAAUGUGCAGCAACAAUUGCUGAAUUAGUUCAUGAAAGGAUAAAAUCUGACAAGCAGCUAGAAGCUUUCUCGAUCCAAUUGGCGAUUCUGGCAAUUUGGAAACAGGCAAUGCACAUAUGCCAUACUCAGGCAAUUUCAGACUUGGAAGGAAGUCCAAGCCAAGACAUUAACAAACUAAGAGGAAGUAGCAGCCUAAAACACGAUACUCAAUAUUCUGAUCUCAGCCAUGAUGGAUCGGAGGAGAUAUCCUCUCAGAUUCAAAGGCAAUUUAUCCAGGAGAUUGAGCUGGCUGAAGAACUUGCUAAUAGUAUCAAUCCUGGAAAUACACAAUUGCCGGAUGCAAUGGAGACGAUAUUUCAAGCAGCCCUUGAUCUUGGAAAACUUGGGGGAGUUCUUGAGGUAAUGGGAGAGAUAGAGAACGCUGGAAACCAAUACUCUAAGGCGGUGCGUUUGCUGGUAUUCCUUCUAGUAGAAGCACCAAUGCUGAUUCUGAAUCCGCCAUUGUCCCUCACAAACUCAGUCAGGUAUCGUCUCCGAUCAUAUAUCGACAUCCUCAGCAGAAGAUUGAAACAUCUGCAAUCACCAAGAAGAAGUUCAGGUGCUCAGAUGCAAGGAUCAUCAGUAGCCAUGAUGAACAAACAACCAUAA